AUGGCUACGGUAUCGAACGCCCCUGGUAUACCUACACCAAGGGCUUUCAGUCCUUAUAUGGAUCAUGAGGAGAAUAUGAGCACUCUUCCCGAUCCUCGGAGUAGAGUCUCGUCACCUGUAGUUGAUUCGCCUCUACCAAGUCAAGACCAGCAUCACGAAUUGAGCAAUGCACAUCUGAGCGAGGAGGUCACGACUUUGAGUAAGAAACUUAUAAACGCCAUAAAUCACCAGACAAAUCUCGACGACAGUCUAAGCGCCACCCGACACGAGCUCGAUGCUUCACGAGAACGAAACAAGCAGCUCGAGCGGGAGAGUAAGGAGCAUAAAGCGCUGGUCUCUAGUGGAAUAUUGAUACGGAGCUCGGUGGCCGAGGCUGAGAAGGCCAAACUUGUUGUGACUCUGGUAGAUGAGAAGAAUAAAAGGAGGGAGGUUGAGAAGGAGAAGAAGAGUAUCGAGUUAGAAUUGGAGAAUCUCACUACGGCUUUAUUCGAGGAGGCAAACAAGAUGGUUAUCACGGCUCGAGAGCAAGCACAGAAGGAGUUUGAUAUCGUGAAUAAGAAAAAUGAUCAACUGAAAGCACAGCUUCAGGAGGCGGAGAAUCUAUUGAAGUCGCAACAAGAGCAAUUGGCAGAACUGAAGCAAGUUAUGGAACACAUGAGCGAGGAACAGGAUGACCAAACAAAUCAAACAAACGGCACUGCGCCGUCAACUCCGGCAUUAUAUCAAACCGAUCCCAAGGACGAGAACGCGCAUAACUCGGACUCGAUACAAUCUUCAUCAAUUCCGGAACCCGUCUCGCCCUCCUACCCUACGAGUUUCUUGCACCUGAUUCAACCCGUCCUUCGAACCGAUCUUGGAGCUUACGAUGAUUUUAUCUCAUUGCUGCGCAUGUCGAGGAAUGUUGUGACUGGGAGCCGCGCUUCCAGUGGAUCUUAUGGAGCUAUUGGGCUAGGUUUAGGGUUAGGAGCAUACACUGGGUCAGCAUCGCAUGCACCAAACAACGGGUCAACAUCUUCUAUCUCGACAUUGGGCACAUUUGGAUCCUCUCCCGCAACACCGACUACACCAGCCUCACACGUGAGCUCGGGGUCAAGAGAUGGUCCCAAUUCUCUGACUCCCUUAAAGGAGACAAGAUUUUACAAACGAGCUUUGGCUGAGGACAUUGAGCCCACGCUUCGUCUCGACAACGCUCCAGGACUUUCUUGGCUUGCUCGAAGGACAGUGUUGAAUGCAGUAUGCGAAGGGUCGCUGGUUGUUGAACCAAUGCCUUCAUCCAUAAAGCCAUAUGCAUUUUCCUGUUCUCUUUGUGGCGAAACUCGAAAAAGUCCAGAACAUAUCAGAAGUCAUAGAUUUCGAACAAGCGAAAGCGACACCGCGCAAAGAUACCCCCUAUGCUUAUACUGUCUAGGACGCGUCCGUUCUACCUGUGGGUUUUUGAGUUUCUUACGCGUGCUCAAAGAAGGUCACUGGAGAGGUGAAGACGAAGAGUCUGAUAAAGCCGCCUGGGAGGAGAGUGUCAGGUUGAGAGAAAGAAUGUUCUGGUGCCGCGUUGGUGGUGGCGUUAUCCCCUGCGUCCAAUCUUGGAAUCAGGAGUCAUCUCGGAGUCCUCGCUUAAGUGACGAGGAAAGGAGACGCAAGUUUAGUGGAGAAUCGGACAGGUCUAUCGAGAUUAUACCCAGAGACAUUACACCAACCAGUGAACUCUCACCCGUCAACGUAACCGGAUUCGGGAGGAAGUCAGGGGAUGGAGAGAUUCUUCCUAGCCCACUUCGAGGGGAAGUGGAGAGUUUUGACAUUUCGAUCAGCGAUUCUGAAUUGAGGCAUCAGGAUGCCGAGGAGGUAACGGCAACGGCAACGGCAACGGCAACGAUAACGAAAACGAAAGAGCCAGAGACGUCUGACAUUAUGAUUUCAGAACUCGAGGUAAGAUGUAACGAGUCAGAAGCUACGAGUAACACAGAAAACGCUCAGAACGCAGAUGAAGUGGAACAUCAGGAUCUCGAACAAGCAGGCAACACGAAAGAUCUUCAUGAUGAGCCAGAUGAAUCGAACCAAAUCGAGUCCUCAUCACCAAAUGAGAAGUCCAUCGAGAACAAUGAAGACCCUGCAAAGCUUUCGCUUACCAUACCCGGAGCUUUCUAA